CUGCCACACCCAGUCACACUGCGCUCUGCAAAGAGGUGGCCUGGCCCCCAUCCAGCGGCGCCCGUGCGAGCCAGAGCAGACCUCCUCCCAUGGUACAGGCUGUGAGAAGCUUGCUGGCUUCAGUUUCCCCGUCUGUAAUAUGGGAGUGAUUGUAAGAGCACUUAUAAAAGCCAGUUAAAUAAGGAUUAAAUUAAUUAAUGGACAGUGUUUAGAGCACACUUGGCACCAAGCCACUCCAUAGACGUACAGAAAUGGUAGCCUGUUGUUCUUAUGAGUGGCAGUGAUGCACCCCAAAUCCUCUCCUCAGGCACCCAGGGAACCAGGCAUGGAGACUUGCACCCCACUGUGAGCUGGGUGCUACCUUUUGUCUCCCCAGGGAGAUGCUGGGGCCAGGAGGCUCUCCCCGACAGGAGAGCGUGGCUGUCCCCGGUCUGAGGCCCCAGCUGGGGCAAGGAGCUCUGGGUCAUACCUGGGGCCAGGCUUAGUCACAGGCGAAGCCUGGGCACCAGUUGGCCCUGGUUUAACACGCUGCUGCAAGACACUGAAAAGCUUGUGCGGCCUCUCUACGCCCUUGUUUACACGUCUGUUACACGGGACGGUAGCCUUGACAGUACUUUCUGCAUCCAGUCAGGAGGAGGACUUGAGAAAAAGUCUGUUAAAAAAAACUCAGUAAAUAGCAAGUGCUAAACGCCCACCCGUUCCUCACACAUUCACCUGGUAUUGCUCUGUGGCCUCGGGAAGGCGGGGCCUGUUAGAGGGGCUGGGGGUGUGAAGUGGGUCUGGACUCUCCAGCACCUUCAGCCUUAAGAACUGGGUUUGGGUCCCAUUGCCUGAUUUUGGUCCGUGGCCAGCAGGGGGCGCUGAUGCUCCAGAAAGGUUCAGGUUUAAGGCAUUUUCCCCAAACCAAAUUACUCUAGGCUUCCAAAGUCCCCCACCUCCAGGCACAGCCCCUAAGGCAGGCAAUGAGCUCAGGUCUUUCCCUAGUGGCAGAUUUUCUGCAAGCAGGACAUGACCUCACUGUGUCCCCAACAGCCCACGUUAUAGAUGAGCAAACAGAUCCAGGGAAGUCCAAAAACGGGCCGUGGUCACCAGCGAGGAAGUGCCUUGCUAGGGCCACGUAAUGGCUCCAAAGUCCAGCAGCCUACACCCAAGCCCUGCAGCUGGAUGGCAGGCUGGCGCUAUGGCCGGCACGGAAGCGCUGUGCGGGCCGGCCCUCCAGGCUGGGCAGAGGGGGCCUCAUGGCAGGUCAGCUGCCAGCGCCAAGCCCCCUGUCAGACGCGGCCAUGAGCAACUGGAAGAAGGACCACCUGGGAGCCAGCAGCUCUGAGCCCCUCAAGGUCAUCAUUAUCGGCAAUGGUCCCUCCGGCAUCUGCUUGUCCUACCUGCUCUCCGGCUACACCCCCUACGUGAAGCCCGAUGCCGUCCACCCGCACCCCUUGCUGCAGAGGAAGCUCUCCGAGGCGCCGGGGGUCUCCAUCCUGGACCAGGACCUGGACUACCUGUCUGAAGGCCUCGAGGGCCGGUGCCAGAGCCCCGUGGCCCUGCUCUUUGAUGCCCUCCUGCGCCCAGACACAGACUUCGGGGGGGACACGGAGUCCGUCCUCACCUGGAAGCUCCAGAAGGAGCGGGCCAUCCCCCACGUGGUCCUGGGCCGGAACCUGCCUGGGGGAGCCUGGCACUCCAUUGAAGGCUCCAUGGUGACCCUGAGCCAAGGCCAGUGGAUGGGGCUCCCGGACCUGGAGGUCAAGGACUGGAUGCGCAGGAAGCGCAGAGGUCUCCGUAACAGCCGGGCCACCGCGGGGGACAUCGCUCACUACUACCGGGACUACGUGAACAAGAAGGGCCUGGGCCAAAGCUUCGUGUCCGGCGCCGUGGUCACGGCUGUGGAGUGGGGGGUCCCCGAGCCCAGUGGCUCCGGGGCCCGAGACCCCGGCCCCCUCUUCCAGGUGAGGGGCUUCUUGACCGCCGAGGACCAGAGCCAGCAGCCCUUCUCCCUGUGCGCCCACAACGUGGUCCUGGCCACCGGCACGUCGGACAGCCCGGCCCGGCUGGGCGUGCCCGGGGAGACCCUGCCCUUUGUCCACCACGAGCUGUCGGCGCUGGAGGCGGCCAUCAGGGCCGGCACGGUGACCCCGGACUCGGACCCCGUCCUCAUCAUCGGCGCGGGGCUGUCGGCGGCCGACGCGGUGCUGUACGCCCGCCACUACAACAUCCCCGUGACCCACGCCUUCCGCCGGCCCGUGGACGACCCGGGCCUGGUGUUCAACCAGCUGCCCAAGAUGCUGUACCCCGAGUACCACAAGGUGCACCAGAUGAUGCGGGAGCAGUCCAUCCUGUCGCCCAGCCCCUACGAGGGCUACCGCAGCCUCCCCGAGCACCGGCUGCUGCUGUUCACGGAGCACCGCCAGGCGCUGUUCCAGGACCCGCAGGGCCUGCAGAAGGUCUUCGGCCUCUCCCUGGUGCUGGUGCUCAUCGGCUCCCACCCCGACCUCUCCUUCCUCCCCGGGGCGGGCGCCCACCUCGCCGUGGACCCCGACCAGCCCCUGAGCGCCAAGAGAAACCCCAUCGACGUGGAGCCCUUCACCUACCAGAGCACGCAGCAGGAGGGCCUGUACGCCCUGGGGCCGCUGGCCGGGGACAACUUCGUGCGGUUUGUGCAGGGCGGGGCCCUGGCCGUGGCCAGCUCCCUGCUGAGGAAGGAGGCCGGGAAGCCGCCUUAGCGCUCGGCCUGAAGCCGCCUUAGCACUCCGCCUGGCGUCCUCACACGCAGGCCCUAAGGAGGAGGGGACAUCACCACAGCCCCGCUGGACACACAGGCCCUGAGGGAGGGGCCUCUCCCAGCAGGAGACAGGAGUAGCCAUGGGCCCGUGCCACAGGCUCCUCGGAUGAAGAGUGGGGAACCCCGGCCACGGACCCAGACCAGAGCCCAGAGGGGGGGAACUGCGGCCCAGACCUGCAACUUGGGGUGAAAGGUGCCAGUGUGAACGGGGACCAUCGGGGCCAGCUGAGCGCUGAGCCAGGAGUACUGCAGACUCGCUCCUUCCAAAAUCCGGUCCCAAAUAAAACCAGCACCUGCCUCUA